AUGGUUAACUUCACCGUCGAAGAGGUUCGCGCCUUGAUGGACAAGCCAACCAACGUCCGUAACAUGUCCGUCAUUGCCCACGUCGAUCACGGAAAGUCCACCCUGACCGAUUCCCUCCUAUCCAAAGCCGGUAUCAUCUCCGCCGCAAAGGCUGGUGAUGCGCGAGCAACAGAUACCCGUGCCGACGAGCAGGAGCGUGGUAUUACCAUCAAGUCGACCGCCAUCUCCCUGUACGGUCACUUGUCAGACGAUGAGGAUCUUAAGGAUAUCGUGGGACAGAAGACUGACGGAAAGGAUUUCUUGAUCAACUUGAUUGAUUCGCCUGGUCACGUUGAUUUCUCAUCUGAAGUCACUGCUGCUCUCCGUGUCACUGAUGGUGCUCUCGUUGUCGUCGACACCAUUGAAGGUGUGUGUGUGCAAACCGAGACUGUGCUUCGUCAGGCUCUUGGUGAGCGUAUCAAGCCUGUUGUUAUUAUCAACAAGGUUGAUCGUGCUCUUCUCGAGUUGCAAGUUUCAAAGGAGGAUCUUUACCAAUCCUUCUCAAGAACCAUCGAGUCCGUCAACGUCGUUAUCUCCACCUACUUCGACAAGACCCUCGGUGACGUCCAGGUCUACCCAUACAAGGGAACUGUUGCUUUCGGUUCCGGUCUUCACGGCUGGGCUUUCACCAUCAGACAAUUCGCUAUGCGAUACGCCAAGAAAUUCGGUGUUGACAAGCUGAAAAUGAUGGAGCGUCUCUGGGGCGACAACUACUUCAACCCACACACCAAGAAGUGGACUACCAAGUCAACCCACGAAGGAAAGCCUCUCGAGCGUGCCUUCAACCAGUUUAUCCUUGAUCCAAUUUUCAGAAUCUUCACAGCCGUCAUGAACUUCAAGACUGAAGAGAUCCCAGUUCUCCUCGAGAAGCUUGCCAUUAAGCUUUCUCCAGAGGACAAAGAGAAGGAGGGCAAGCAAUUGCUCAAGGUCGUUAUGCGAACUUUCCUCCCAGCUGCCGAUGCUCUUUUGGAGAUGUUGAUCCUCCACUUGCCAUCCCCAGUCACCGCACAGAGAUAUCGUGCUGAGACUCUUUACGAGGGUCCUCCAGAUGAUGAGGCCUGCAUCGGUAUCCGAGACUGUGAUCCUAAGGCUCCUCUCAUGUUGUACGUCUCCAAGAUGGUGCCAACCUCUGAUAAGGGUCGUUUCUACGCUUUCGGUCGUGUCUUCGCUGGUACCGUCAAGUCCGGAUUGAAGGUCCGUAUCCAGGGUCCAAACUACACUCCAGGAAAGAAGGAUGAUCUUUUCAUCAAGGCCAUCCAACGUACCGUUCUCAUGAUGGGUGGUAAGGUCGAUCCUAUCGAUGAUGUUCCAGCUGGUAACAUUUUGGGUUUGGUUGGUAUUGAUCAGUUCUUGUUGAAGUCCGGAACUCUCACUACCAGUGAUACCGCCCACAACUUGAAGGUCAUGAAGUUCUCCGUCUCCCCUGUCGUCCAACGUUCCGUCGAGGUCAAGAACGCCCAGGAUCUUCCAAAAUUGGUCGAAGGUCUUAAGCGUCUGUCAAAAUCCGAUCCUUGUGUCCUGACUUUCAUCUCCCCAUCCGGUGAGCACGUUGUCGCUGGUGCCGGUGAGUUGCACUUGGAAAUUUGCUUGAAGGAUCUUGAGGAGGACCACGCCGGUGUUCCAAUCCGUGUCUCCGACCCAGUCGUUCAAUACCGUGAGACUGUCACUGGAAAGUCCAGCAUGACUGCUCUCUCUAAAUCACCCAACAAGCACAAUCGUCUUUACAUGAUCGCUGAGCCUCUCGCUGAGGAGGUUUCCAACGAGAUUGAGGCCGGUAAGAUUGGUCCACGUGAUGAUUUCAAGGCUCGUGCCCGUAUCUUGGCCGAUGAUCACGGAUGGGAUGUCACUGAUGCCCGUAAGAUUUGGUGUUUCGGUCCAGACACCAACGGUGCCAAUCUUUUGGUUGAUCAGACCAAGGCCGUUCAGUACUUGAACGAAAUCAAGGAUUCAGUUGUUUCCGGUUUCCAAUGGGCGUCAAGAGAAGGUCCAGUCGCAGAAGAGCCAAUGCGAUCUUGUCGAUUCAACAUCAUGGAUGUUACCCUCCACGCCGAUGCCAUCCACAGAGGUGGUGGUCAACUUAUCCCGACUGCUCGUCGUGUUCUUUACGCUUCCGCUCUUUUGGCCGAGCCAGGUCUUCUUGAGCCAGUCUUCUUGGUCGAGAUUCAAGUGCCAGAAAACGCUAUGGGUGGUGUUUACGGUGUUCUUACCCGAAGACGUGGUCACGUCUUCAACGAGGAGCAACGUCCAGGAACCCCUCUUUUCACCAUCAAGGCAUACCUUCCCGUCAUGGAGUCUUUCGGUUUCAACGCAGAUCUCCGUUCGCACACUUCCGGUCAAGCUUUCCCACAAUCCGUUUUCGAUCAUUGGCAGAUUCUUCCAGGUGGAUCACCUCUUGAUGGUACAUCGAAGGUUGGUGUUAUUGUUCAGGAAAUGCGAAAGCGUAAGGGUAUCAAGGUUGAGGUUCCAGGUUACGAGAAUUACUAUGAUAAGCUAUAG